AUGGUGCUAGAUAUGGAAGUCAAUGAACUAUUGGUCAUUAGAGAUUUUGACUUGCUGAUUCACCAAAGAUUGUGUAAAAGGUUCAGAAAGAUUGAGUUUCAACAUACGCCAAGGGCUCAGAAUGAAUUUGCUGAUGCACUGGCAACAAUAGCAUCAAUGAUCCAACAUCCUGAAAGUAGUCACAUCGACCCGCUAAGGAUAAGUCUGAAAGAAAAGCAUGCCCACUAUUGCCAUGUAGAAGCUGAGCCAGAUGGCAAACCAUGGUGCAACAACAUCAAAAUGUAUCUAGAAGGACCGCAUUAUCCCGAAAGCAUUACAAAUGGACAAAAGAAGACCAUCCGAAGAAUGGUGAACAGUUUCUUCCUAAAUAAAGAAGUUCUAUACAAACGGACCCCAGAUUUGGGUCUGCUUAGAUGUGUAGUCGCCGGUGAAGCCACCAGACUUCUAGAGGAAGUACAUGCGGGAGCGUGUGGACCCCAUAUGAAUGGACGUGCUAGCAAAGAAGAUUCUACGAACUGGAUACUAUUGGAUGACUAUGGAGAGCGACUGCUGCAAAUAUGUGCAAAGGUGCCAUCAAUGCCAGAUCCACGGUGA